GUUACUCCCCUAUGCUACUUUAAGGCUUCCCCAACACCCGCACCCCAGACCCCAGACAACGUCAAAGACCCUGAGACCCGAACCAACCUACUCUCCGUCUACCGCCGGCCAACGCCAUCCCGCCCUCGACACGCUCAACUCGGGGCGACGACUCAACCUACGGACGGACCGUGUCCCCCGCCCUUUCUCUGGCUCCGUGCACUCUGUGCAGGUCGCACCAGAAGAGUGCCCGAAGAAGACAAGGCUAGAGCUGGGCAGACAAGAGACUCUAUUGGGAGGACGGCCCCAUGCAACGGGCAAAGUCUGCGGUGGACUUUUCCAGCCUGCUGAACCCAGAGGUUGAGGCGGAGAGCGAUCUGAUCUCGCAGCCCCAACAGCAAAAACAGCAACAACAACAACAACAAGCCGAGGCCGACAUGGCGACCGUGGGUCUCAUCCGGCCGAACGGCCCCGUCCCGGCCGCCGCCCCGCCCGCUGAGCAGCCGACCGAGCUGCCCCGACCCUACAAGUGCACCAUGUGCGACAAGGCAUUCCACCGCCUCGAACAUCAGACCCGCCACAUCCGCACGCAUACUGGAGAGAAGCCGCAUGCCUGCCAGUUCCCCGGCUGCAGUAAGCGGUUCUCGCGGUCCGACGAGCUGACGCGGCACUCGAGGAUACACAACAACCCGAACUCGCGGCGAGGGAACAAGGGCCACCCGCAGCACGCUACCAUGAUCCACAGGAUGCAGCCAGAAGUCAUGCCGCCUCCGCCUGCCCCCAAGAUGAUCCGCUCUGCGCCUUCGACCACCUUGUCGUCCCCGAAUGUCUCGCCGCCCCACUACAGCUCCUACAACCUGACCCUGCCUCCGCCGCUGAAUCUCAGCCCCUACAACCGCUCCGCACUCGCCAGUCAGAGUGGGCCAGACAUGGCCAUGCUCGCCCGGGCCGCUGGUCAGGUCGAGCGAGACAGCCACUACCCGCCUUCGACGAGACAGCAUCCGUAUUACGGCAGCGGCCUGCAUUCGGCCCGGAAUCCUCUGCCUGGCCUCGGGGCGUAUCACAUGUCGCGCUCGCACUCGCACGACGACCACGAUGACCACUACGGGCAGACGUACAGGCAGCCGAAGCGGUCGAGGCCCAACUCGCCCAACUCGACGGCCCCGUCGUCGCCCACGUUCUCCCACAACUCGCUGUCGCCAACACCAGACCACACGCCGCUGGCCACGCCGGCUCACUCUCCCCGUCUGCGGCCCUACAGCGGCAUCGAACUGCCGCCGUUCCGCAACCUGAGCCUGCACGCCCCGGCGCUGGCCCCGCUUGAGCCGCAACCCGACGGCCACGCCCCGCCGCCCCAGCCGGCGCCCCGGAGCAACGGCAUCUCGCUGACAGACAUCAUGAGUCGGCCUGACGGUUCCCAGCGGAAGCUGCCCGUCCCGAAAGUGGCCGUGCACGACCUCCUGGGACCGAGCGACGGCUUCCCCGCGAGCGGCAGGAGUUCAUCCUCCAACAGCCUCGCAGGGGCGGAUCUUUUUGACAGGUUGUGAGAUCUGCGACUUGGGGAGCAACGCGGCAACAACGCCGGAUUUGGAGUCCUUCUGUGACAGUCUGCAGCCUCCGACGACAUGAUUGAUGAC